AUGACACGAUCCCUUUUUAAAGGACCUUUUGUAGAUGGGACACUCUUAUCUUCAAAAAAAAAGUUUGUUUGGUCCCGCCAGUCGUCUAUUUUACCUCAAUUUGUAAACAAAACGUUUAUGGUACACAACGGAAAAUCAUUUGUAGAGAUUACAAUCCAAGAAUCUAUGAUUGGACAUAAAUUUGGGGAAUUUGCAUUGACGCGAAAAAAAUUAAUCCACAAGAAAAAAGACAAAAAGAAAUAA